AUGGAUUUCGUUGUCGACAACAGUUGGAUUGUUCCAUAUUCGCCACUUACUUCGAAAACGAUCAAGACACAUUGCAACGUUGAGUAUUGCAAUUCAGUAAAGUCCAUAAAAUAUAUUUGCAAAUAUGUCACGAAAAACAGCGAUAUGGCGGUUUUUGGCAUCCAAUCUUUCAAUACCAAUGUGAACUGCAAUGAAGCGAUUUGGCGUAUAUUCGCAUUACCUAUUCACGAAUGUCGUCCUAUUAUUGUGCAUUUGGCGGUGCAUCUGGAGAAUGGUCAACGAGUAUAUUUCACGGCUUCGAAUACUGUUCAACGUGCUGAAACACCUCCAGCGACAACAUUGACCAGUUUCUUCGCGAUCUGCCAAAGCGAUCCAUUUCCACGAACUUUGCUUUACUGGGAGGUCCCAAGUUAUUAUACUUGGAAUUUUCAACGACGGAAGCAAGGCGAUACGGUUCCUGGUUAUCCGGAUGUGCGUAAUACUGACGCUCUUGAUCGUAUGUAUACAGUUGAUCCAAAGAAUGAUGAAUGCUUCUAUUUGCAGUUGUUGCUGGUAAAUGUGCGUGGGCCAACGUCAUUUGAGUGA